CGCCCUGGGACUGGAAGUUCUAUCUGGACGCCGAGGCUUCCCGGGCUUCGCCUGUGCUUCUCGGUUUCAUCAUCGUAAGAUGGAGCUAAGUGCUAUACCUGUGUCGGGGGUUUUGUGAGGAUGGAGAUGACAUGAGUGUAUACGGCACACAGAGUUGCUCGAUGUGCACUGUCUUCUGCUGUUAGAAGUCUUUAAAAGUGGAAUUCAAUGAAAUAAUGCCAUUUGCAGCACCAUGGAUGGACCUAGAGAUUAUCAUACUAAGUGAAACUCUUUCUCUGCAUAGGUAACUGGCAGAGAGCGCUGUGCUCCUAUCAGGAAGCUGCGCCUGGCAAACGCAAGCUUGAGAAAACGGAAACCUCUUUUUUCUUUGCAGCCGUAACAAGAUGUCUGACAAGAAGCAGAUAGCUGCCAGAGCUUCCCUUAUUGAGCAACUGAUGUCUAAAAGGAAUUUUGAGGAUCUCGGCAACCACCUUACUGAGCUAGAAACUCUGCGUGUGACUCCGGAGCAUCUCCAGGAGACGGAUGUGGUCAGGGCUGUGUACAGAGUCCUCAAAAACUGCCCCACGGCGGCUUUGAAAAAGAAAGCCAAGCGUUUGCUGUCACAAUGGAAAGCUCUGUAUAAGGAUACUCACUGCAAGCCACGGGGCAGCCCUAAACCAUUUCCUCCAGGUGGAAAUAAAGAAGAAAAUCAAGGACUUUCUCCUGACCCAAAUCAGGAUGAGAUACCGGGCAGCUCCCGCUGUCAUUCUCUGCACUCAUCCCAAGAUGUUGCAGGAGCUGUUGAAAGGAUCGUGCCAGAAAAUAGCCCUGGUGGAGCGGAGCCUAAGGCAGCGCAUCUCAGGGCCGGUGACCCUCAAUCCCCCGACGAGAGAGCGAGUGGGCAGCCAGAUCCUGCAGCGCCCGUGAGAGCCAAAUGCACAGAGCUGCUGUAUGAAGCUCUAGCUGGUCCUUACACAGAGCAGCCCAGAGCCGAUCUGUGGUACAAGUUUGCACGAGAAAUCGAAGAGCACAUUUUUACCCUUCACUCCAAGAACCUCAAAAAAUAUAAAACUUGCAUCCGAAGCAAAGUCGCCAAUCUGAAAACCCCCCACACGUCUCACUUACAGCAAAACUUGCUCUCUGGGGCCAUGUCUCCAAGGGAAUUUGCCGAAAUGACCGCCAUGGAAAUGGCUAGCCACGAACUGAAGCAGUUGAGAGCCUCCUACACGGAAUCUGGCAUACGGGAACAUUACCUGCCCCAAGUGGUGGAGGGCACGCCGACCAAGAAAAUAAAGUGCCAACGCUGCGAGAAAUUCAAUUGCCAGGUCACCGUCAUCGCCAGAGGGACACUCUUCCUUCCAAGUUGGGUGCAGAAUUCCAACCCAGAUGAAGAAAUGAUGACCUACGUAAUCUGCAAUGAAUGUGGGGAGCAGUGGUACCAUAGCAAGUGGGAGUGCUUGUAAUUGUAAUAAAUGUUCU